AUGAAGCUGAGUUAAUCCAACAAAUUAUUAAUUUCUCCUCUCAAUAAUCAAUAGCCCAUGUUUCCUACUAUUUCUUACAAAACUUCAGAGUCUCCUUCAAAAAUUGUGAUCCCUCUUACUAAUUAUUUGUUAUUUGAAUAACAACUGGAUUAAAUAAAUGUUAAUAAGAUAAAUAAAUAAUAAAAAUAAAACAGAGUAGAUACUAUCUAUAAAUAUAUUCGUUAAUAAGUAGUUAAAAAGAAUGAUAAUAAUCAAGAAAAAUCUAAGACACAAACCACAACCGUUGUAAACGAAUCUGAGGAUAAAAUUAAAAAAUCCAAAGAAUAACCUUCUAAUUCAUAUUCACUAAAACAAAUACAAAAAAAACAAAGCUAAUAAAAACUCUAAAGGAUGAGUAAAUCCUAUAUUGAUUUGCAUACUUCAAAUUUAUGUAAUUAAAUACAAAACUAAUGCAUUUUUGAAUUAGACUAAGAAUAGGAGGAUGGUGAACAUAAUUUAUGUAGUAUAAGUUAGAAUCAAAUAAAUAAAUCACCAAAUUUAUAUUGUAAUUUAAAAAGUAAAAAAAAUUGCAAGUUAAUAAAUCAAUCAAAAGUCGUCUUGGACUUUAAUUAAUAAAAUAAAAAAUAUAAAGAUCAGAGCUUUCAAAUCAUUCACUUGAUUAGUAAGGUAUAACAAAAUCUUUUAAAACAAAAGGAAAAUGAUAGACAGUAAUAGGAAAGAGAAUAUAAAUUGAAAAAAUGUCUAAGGUAAAAGGAAAGAUUAGAAGGAAUGUAUAAUGCAUAGUUAGGCUUGAAAAACAGAAGAUUAAAUUCUCUAUUGAAUGCUUUAAAAGGAACUGAUGAUAAAAAGAUUGAAAAUGAUAUAGUCAAUGAUAUUAGAAGAAAAUAUUAGAUACAACGAAGCCAGUCUACAAUUAUGACUAGAAAGAGUUCUCUUUAAUUAUCGAACCCAAGCUAUGUCCCUGAUGAAUAAUUUGAAGACAAGCUGAUCAGAAAAUUUUCUUAAGUUUCUGAUAUUUGUAGUUCUGAAAACUCAUUAGAUUAGACAUUUCCCUAUUAAAUAAAAGGCUACUUGAUUAUUUGA